AGUGACUUCUUUUCUCAUCAAAGCAGAAGUAGGAAUCAUUUCACCCUUCCUCCUCUUACAGACGAACGCCGAGGAAAAUGAGGAGGAGGGAGGGCGACAAGCCACAGUUCUCAAAUCAUUCAGUCUGGGACUUUUCUGUGACAUCUCUACUGCUUUGUGAGUCAUCGGAUGUUGAAAUAACCCUUCAGGAAUCAAGCUAAACUUCGGAAAGACUUAUUGAGAAACUCUGGAGACAGUAUCAUGGAGUGCAAGAUUGAGGGGAAAGAAAAAUACCAACAUAGCUUGAAUUUACUCCAAAAAAUUAAGAACAUGAAAGAAUUAGCAGAAAUGAUUGACGUGGUACUCAUAGCAGAAGGGGAGAAAUUUCCUUGCCACAGACUGGUUCUGGCUGCAUUUAGUCCGUACUUCAAAGCGAUGUUCACCUGUGGACUACUCGAGUGCACUCAGAGGGAAGUCAUCCUCUAUGACAUCACAGCAGAAAGUGUGGCCGUGAUACUAAAUUACAUGUACAGUGCAGCUCUGGAGAUCAGCAACACCAAUGUGCAGACGGUGGCCAUGGCUGCCUAUUUUAUGCAGAUGGAAGACGUCUUCAGUGUGUGUCAGAAAUACAUGAUGGACCAUAUGGAUGCUUCCAACUGUGUAGGGAUCUAUCAUUUUGCAAAGCAGAUUGGAGCUGAAGAUUUAUGCGAUCAAUCAAAGAAAUAUUUAUAUCAGCACUUUGCUGAGGUGAGCUUGCAUGAAGAAAUACUGGACAUUGAAGUGCACCAAUUUAUGACACUUAUUAAAUCAGAUGACCUUAACAUAUCCAGAGAGGAGAGCAUCUUGGACUUAGUCCUGCGGUGGGUCAAUCACAAUCAAGAAUUGCGCGCAGAGCAUCUUGCCGAGCUUCUGAAGCAAGUCAGAUUGGAACUUGUGAAUCCUUCUUUUUUGAGACAAGCCCUAAAAAGGAACACAAUGCUUCUAUGUAAUGCAGAUUGCAUCGACAUAAUUCAGAAUGCUUUCAAAGCCAUCAAGACACCCCAGCAGCACCGCCUGAAUCUCCGUUAUGGCAUGGAGACUACUAGUCUUCUGCUUUGCAUUGGCAAUAACUCCUCAGGAAUCAGGUCAAGACGCAGGAACUAUGGGGAAGCCAGUUUCUGUUAUGAUCCCGCAUUGCGGAAGACCUACUUCAUCUCCUCUCCCAAGUAUGGGGAGGGCUUAGGAACCGUGUGCACUGGUGUUGUCAUGGAAAACAACACGAUCAUUGUGGCAGGGGAGGCAAGUGCCGCUAAACUCUCGAGACAAAAGAAUAGGAAUGUUGAAGUCUACAGGUAUCAUGACAGAGGAAACCAGUUCUGGGAAAAAUUAUGCACAACUGAAUUCCGAGAGCUCUAUGCUCUGGGCAGUGUUCAUAACGACCUCUAUGUGAUAGGAGGACAGACGAAAAUUAAAAGCCAGUAUCUUAUUACAAACUGUGUUGACAAGUAUUCCGUAGAACGGGACAGUUGGAAAAGGGUGUCUCCCCUUCCACUACCGUUGGCGUGCCAUGCUGUAGUGACCGUCAAUAAUAAACUUUACGUGAUUGGAGGCUGGACCCCUCAGAUGGAUCUUCCUGAUGAAGAACCUGAUCGAUUAAGCAACAAACUGUUGCGGUAUGACCCCAGCCAAGACAAGUGGACAGAGCAGGCACCUAUGACAUACUCAAAGUACCGAUUCAGCACAGCUGUAGUCAACAGUGAGAUUUAUGUCUUGGGUGGAAUUGGCUGCGUAGGCCGAGACAAGGGCCAGGUGCGAAAGUGCCUCGAUGUGGUGGAGAUCUACAGCCCCGACGGGGACUUCUGGAGAGAAGGCCCCCCUAUGCCAAGUCCCCUGCUCUCACUGCGAACCAAUUCUACCAACGCAGGCGUGGUGGAUGGGAAGCUCUACGUCUGCGGGGGAUUCCACGGCGCAGAUCGCCAUGAGAUCAUCUCCAAAGAAAUACUGGAGCUGGACCCAUGGGAAAACCAGUGGAAUGUUGUCGCCGUCAAUGUCCUCAUGCAUGACAGCUAUGAUGUCUGCCUGGUGGCCAGGAUGAAUCCCCGAGACCUUAUCCCCCCACCCUCAGAUCUGGUGGGAGAAGACAAUGAGCACUGAGGUCAGCAUUGCGGUAGGGGCUCGGCUGUUGUCUGCGAAGGGGGUGUUAGGGGUGGUGAGGGCCCAGGAGCAGCCAUGAGAUGCACCACUCCCGCCUCUGGACCCGCGCGCUGCUUGUAUCAUGGGCCGUGUGCAAAGCCUCAUGUACUGGGCACUGCAUAGUACUGGAGACUGCAGGGUCCUCCUUCUGGUAUCUCCAGUCGGCCAGCACAGACAGGACACCACCAGGCUGAACGUGACAAUGCACAGAGGAGCAGGGGGUGACGCCGCAAAAGUACAGGGAACGCAGGAGCCCCACACUGCUGGGGACUGAGGGCAGCGUUGCCAAGGAGCAGUCCUUCUGGCCUGCCUCGAAGGAUGGGGAAGAAACGGCACCAUGGUGUCAUUGCUGCUGAGGUCACAGAAACAGCUGGCCAGAGGAGGACCAGAUUGCCUGGGCGACAGGCUUUGCUCCAAAGGCUGGAGUUAGUAGCUUGUAGCUAAACGAUCAGCACCUGGAAGACUGGGGUUCGGCCCUCAGAACAGGGGGACCAGGGGAAUAGUGACGUUGAGGGGAGACUUCUCUUCGCACUCUGCUCUGGCUUCAGUCUCACAAGGCCACUGCAGCGACGGUGCUGACAGGGCUGGCAGUGGACUGGAGCCCAGGCACUGGAGCCUGACCACA